UCGCCCGAGGAAUUAAAGGCACGAGGGAAUGCAUUUCUUCGAGAAGGCGACACCGUGCGCGCGGAGGAGACGUACACGUUAGCGAUUGACAAGGGCGACGCGACGGGAGCGACACUCGUGGCGCUAUACAACAACAGAGCCGAAGCGCGACGGCGAGCUGGCGCGUACGACGCCGUCGUCGAAGACUGCACUAAAGUCUUGGAGCUUGAUCCUCGAAACUUAAAGGCCACCCUUCGUCGCGGCGGGACGUACGAAAUCCUCGAGAAGUACUCGCGGGCGUGCGAGGAUUACGAAUUCGCGCUCGAGAUCGAUCCC